CUUUUAUAAAAAAGCGCAGCCCUUCUGUUGUGUAGGGCUGCGCUUUUGUACAAAAGCACAACCCUUCACUAGUAGGGCUGCACUUUUAGAAAAAGCGCAGCCCUUCCUCCGCAGCCCUUUCUUUUUUUUCCCCUAGUGAAUUAUUGAAUUCAUAAUUUCUAACUCAUCACUCUCUUCCAUCCCAGUUUUUUUUUUUUUUUUUUCAUUUCAAUUUUUGUGCUGUUGUAUUUUUUUUAUAGGUAAGCUUUCUUUUCUUUUGGAUAUUGCCACAACUUACCAUUUCCAAGAAGUACGUUAUAUGAUGAACAUACAGUGAAAGAGUAGGAAUUUUGAUCACAAAACUAAUCAUGAUUUGUUUUCAUUGAUUUAAUGCAGCAUGGAGAAAGUUCGUUGGCCUUAUUUUGAUCCUGAUUUUGAUAACAUGUCAGAAAGAAUUAAUGGUCCAAGUUGCAGAGUCUGUAUUGACAAUGAGAGCCUAGAAGAGAGUACUUUGAUCAAGGUAGACAGUGUAAACAAACAAGACUUACUCCUUGAAAUAGUGCAAGGUAUAACAGAUCUGAAUCUCUCCAUCACAAAAGGCUACAUAUCCUCUGAUGCUGGGUGAUUCAUGGAUGUAUUUCAUGUCAAGGAUGAACAAGGGAACAAGAUUACUGAUCAAACAGUCCUUAACAAUAUACAACAGGUCAUAGGAUCAGGAAGAGCUAGUUCAAUGUCCCCUAGAGUGAGGUCGAGCACUAGCAAGACCGGUGGAUCAGAGCACACUGCUAUAGAGAUGACAUCAACUGAUAGUCCAGGCCUGUUUUCUGAAAUCUCAGCUGCCCUUGCUGACCUUCAUUGCGAUGUCGUUGAGGCUCAUGCAUGGAGUCACAAUGCUCGCUUGGCUUGUGUGGCCUACAUUUCAGAUCAAUCCUGCCAUACUUCUAUUGAUGACCCCCUUCGUUUGGCUACUAUUGAAGAAGACCUUACCACGGUACUCAGGGCAAAAUCUGCCCUGUUUGAUGUUGACAUGAAACAACAGAAAGUGAAGACAUCUGAUGUUAUUGGAGGGGAAGGAAUUACAAUGAUCUCCAAUGUUGAACGCCGAUUGCACCAGCUUAUGGCAUCGCUAAGGGACUUUGAUGAUCCAUCUUCAGAGCCCUCAACCUCCCCUAGAUCUUCCUUGGAACUUCAGGGGAGUGAGGAGGGGAUGAAAGCGAUUGUGUACAUAGAGGUCUGUUACCAAAAGAGCUACUCGAUUGUGAGCGUGGAAUGCAGAGACCGUCCCAGGGUUAUGUUUGAUACUGUAUGUACGCUCAUCGAUAUGCAGUAUGUGAUCUUCCAUGCUUCUGUACGCUGUCACGAUGGAUAUGCCUUUCAGGAGUACUUUAUUAGGCACAAAUAUGGGACUCCCUUGCGUACACAAAGAGAGAAGGAUCAAGUUAUCAAAUGCUUAGAGGCGGCAAUUGAAUGAAGAGUUUGUGAGGGGAUUAAGUUGGUGUUUUGUGCAAACAAUCGAGUAGGCCUACUUUCUGAUAUAACUCGACUACUCCGAGAGAAUGGCCUAGCAGUGGUUCGAGCUGACAUAGCAACACAAGGAGAAAAGGCGAUUGAUGUUUUCUACCUAAGAGACGUAACAGGAAAGAAUGUAGACCUGGAUUUUGUGAAUUCAGUCAGGAGGGAAAUGAGUCCAAUUUACCUUCAAGUCAAGAAUGAAAGUACACCAAGACCAAGUAGCCCAAGGUAUCAUUUUUCUCUUGCAGACAUGCUGAAAUCUCACAACGAACGUUUAAUCAUGUAA